GAGGUGACUGUGCCAUCAGGCAGAUUUGAGCCCAGGCACCGCGGAGUGAGGAAGGAGAGGAGCCAUCCAGGGAGGCAGCGCGACGCGCAGUUAUGCUUCUGUGAGCCCAAACUCAGAGGUGGACGAUUUCAUCACCAGCACAAAGAGAAAUCAAAAGUCGGCUAAUCCAAGCACAACACAGAGGGCAUCAGAUCGCUGCAGUAUGGCAGAGCACAGAGACAACAUAGACGACUUUAAGGUCCAGACAGCCAAGCACGCCAACAUCAGCUCGGCUCCUCUGCGGCCGCACAACGAUUACUCUAAAGACCGAGCGUCCAAAAGGCUUUCGACGGACUCUAAUGGGACCAGUGAAGGAGGCGCGGGCUCCUCCACGCCCGUGGAAGUGACCGCGCUGGAGGAGUCGUUCCGGCGCUUCGCCAUUCACGGCGACACCCGCGCUACAGGCAAGGAGAUGCACGGCAAGAACUGGUCCAAGCUCUGCAAGGACUGCGGCGUGAUCGAUGGCAAGAACAUCACGCUGACUGACGUGGACAUCGUCUUCAGCAAAGUCAAGAAGAAAUCCUCUCGCAACAUCACAUUUGACGAGUUCAAAGUUGCACUCGGAGAGCUGGCCAGGAAGAAAUAUAAAGAAAAGACAGGAGACGAGGCCGAGGCUGAAGUGUUCAAGCAGAUUGAAGGAAAGGCGCCUGUUAUCGCAGGAGUCACGAGGGCUGUGGCGUCUCCGACAGUGAGCCGCCUUACAGACACCUCCAAGUUUACAGGGUCACACAAGGAGCGCUUCGAUCCAACGGGUCGCGGGAAGGGUAAGGCGGGACGAGUGGACGUGGUUGACACUUCCGGGUAUGUCUCAGGAUACAAGCAUCAAGGGUCGUAUGAAAAGAAAGUCACUAAACCAACCGUGGGCAAACCCAUGUAGAGGCGAAGAUGAGGGAAUAAACAUUUGAUCCAAACAAACAAACAAAAAAAAAAACACUCAAAGGAAGCACAAAAGAAUAAUAUGAUUUCAUGUAUUUUCCAACCCAUUUUGAUUCUGUGUGUGUACGUGUGUAUUUACUGAAUAUGUGUGCGCGUGUGUGUUUGCGUGGAAAGAGUGUUUUUGGUUCCUCUCUUUGUCAAGUGUGAGAACUGGAAAAUUGUUUACAUCUGUAUUUUACAAAGUCACCACAUUCCUGUCUGAAGCACGUUACUGCCAAACACUGUAGAAAACAAAUGAGAGAAACUGCAGCGCCAUGAAUAUUGAAGCUUUGUGAUCAACAAUAACGUGCCACGAAAAAUGAAAAUGGUUUGAUGAUUUUGACUUAACACGCUUCCAUUGCCAUAACUAGGUGAAGCAGAAGAAAUGCAUUUUGAAAUAGUUUUGCAGACUUUUGAUAAAUUAGCACAUAUUUCUGACAGAUAUUUCCUGUGAAAACUUCAAUUACGUCCACCCUCUGUGAUUUCCGACAUGUCAGCCAUUGUUAAGUCCAACUUAAAGCUGUCAUGAGAAACAUUUUCUCAGUUUGCUUCUGUAUGAAAAUAUGAAAAACAAAACAAACAGGCCUGCUUCUAACGCCCUAAACAAAAGGACUUUUAUUACAAUGUCUCUUCAUUCAGAGCUAAUUCCAUUUUAUCUCCAACAAAACACUUGUUAACUGUUAACGUGCAUUUCUUUUUUACUGGUGUAUUUAGCUGAAGGAAGCUCUGACCUACACCACGCCACGCCGGUGAGCUCAGUUGUACAAGAUUGUAUUUUUACUUAAUAUUGUUACUCCCUUAAUCAGAUUUCUAUACAGUAGUUCUAAUAUAUUUGUGGUAAGAUUGUGUAUAUUCUAAAACCUUAUAGCCACAUAAUUUAUGACACUGGCUUAUGUUUUUAUUUUUCCUGUAUUGCUGUACUUUGUGCAUGUUAUGUAUAUUGCAUUUGAUUCAGAAGCAUAUAGAUGACAGUAGGAGUUUGUCAUAUCUUAACUGCUGUGCAGAGUGACUACUGGACAGACGUAUUUUCUUGCUAUAUAUAUAUAUAUCUACAAACACAGUUUUAAGCAGGUGUGCAAAAACAAAAUGCUUUCACAUAUAUGAAUUAAAUUAGUAGAUAUUAAAUCAAUCUACAAAA